AUGGGGAUGCUUGAUAAAUUUACAGACAUUUAUAGAGACUUACAGGAGAUAAAAGGUAGAUUUACAGGGAUACAGGGUGGAUUUACAGGGAUACAAGCUAGAUUGACAGGGAUACAGCGUGGAUUUACAGGGAUACAAGCUAGAUUGACAGGGAUACAGGGUGGAUUUACAGGGAUACAAGCUAGAUUGACAGGGAUACAGGGUGGAUUUACAGGGAUACAAGCUAGAUUGACAGGGAUACAAGCUAGAUUUACAGGGAUACAGGCUAGAUUGACAGGGAUACAGGGUGGAUUUACAGGGAUACAAGCUAGAUUUACAGGGAUACAGGCUAGAUUUACAGGGAUACAGGCUAGAUUUACAGGAUACAGGCUAGAUUGA